CAGUAGACGCCUUCAGCACACAAGACAAGGUCUCUCGGCAGACUGCAGCCUCUUCACUCUGGUCCACAGCACUGGUCCUCUCACCUCUGUGCUUUAGAAUCCAGAAGAUUCCAGAUGCCAGUGGGGCACAUUCAACUUGAACAAGGAAUUUAAGUAAAGAAUUGUAGAAAUAGAAGGUAUUUCUACUACAUUAAGAAGGUAAGCACUUUUUUUUUUCUUUUUUCUUUUUUUCGGAGCUCGGGACCGAACCCAGGGCCUUGCGCUUGCUAGGCAAGUGCUCUACCACUGAGCUAAAUCCCCAACCCCGAAGAUACCCGGAUCCUUUAACCUUCCGAUGACUAUUAUGGAACUUAAUUCAAGGAAGUUCUUCGUCGGGGGCAACUGGAAGAUGAACGGGAAGAAGAAAUGCCUGGGAGAACUCAUCUGCACCCUGAACGCAGCCAAGAUGCCGGCAGACACCGAGGUGGUUUGUGCACCGCCAACCGCCUACAUCGACUUCGCCAGGCAGAAGCUGGAUCCCAAAAUUGCUGUGGCUGCACAGAACUGCUACAAAGUGACCAAUGGGGCUUUCACUGGGGAAAUCAGCCCUGGCAUGAUCAAAGACUUAGGAGCUACCUGGGUGGUGCUGGGACACUCGGAAAGAAGACACGUCUUUGGGGAAUCAGACGAGUUGAUUGGGCAGAAAGUGAACCAUGCCCUAUCCGAGGGACUCGGAGUGAUCGCCUGCAUUGGGGAGAAGUUAGACGAAAGGGAAGCUGGCAUCACUGAGAAGGUUGUUUUUGAGCAAACCAAGGCCAUCGCAGAUAAUGUGAAGGACUGGUCCAAGGUGGUCCUGGCCUAUGAACCGGUAUGGGCCAUUGGGACUGGCAAGACUGCAACCCCUCAACAGGCCCAGGAAGUACACGAGAAGCUCCGGGGAUGGCUGAAGUGCAACGUCUCUGAGGAGGUGGCUCAGUGCACUCGGAUCAUUUAUGGAGGUUCUGUGACUGGAGCGACUUGCAAAGAGCUGGCAAGCCAGCCUGAUGUGGAUGGCUUCCUCGUGGGCGGUGCAUCUCUCAAGCCUGAAUUCGUGGACAUUAUCAAUGCCAAACAAUGAGCACUGCUCAUCCCCCUACCUUCCUGCGUAGCCUGGACCAGGUUGCCCAGAAGUUUAGUAACUGCUCCCGCCAGUCACAUGCUUCUGAUGACAUCAUCAACUCCAUCCUGUGACCUAUUCCAUACUGUACCUUCCUGAGCCUCUUACCUCCCCAUAAUAGUUGGGACCAGGCCAAUCCCUUUACCACUUACAAUGGGUAAAAUCAAAUAUGUCACCAAGAUGGCUUCCUGAGGAGGGGAAGGAGUAGAACUGGCAGUCCCUUUGGGCCCUAAUGGGUGAAAACGGCCUUCCAUUGGUUUGGGAUGGAAACUCAUGGCUGGACCACAGGAAGUAGGCUUCUUGUCACUUUGGCCUGUCACUUAGAUGGCCUUGGCUCUAGCUUCACUCCCAAGCCCUACUGGAUGUGUGAUGCAGAGAUUCAGAGUCUUCAGGUCUGAAUUUCAGUGUACAUUAAGGCCAAGAUCCUCUUACUCUUAGAGGCCUGGGAUAUCCCCUCCCCCGCAGUGCCAAAGCCCUUGUAUUGUGUUUGUGAACCAUCCUACGUAUAAGGGAAAUAAACACCUGGGCCUAA